CUAAGAACUUUAGUGAUACCAAUAAGAACGUUAGUGAUACCAAUAAGAACUUUAGUGAUACCAAUAAGAACGUUAGUGAUACCAAUAAAAACGUUAGUGAUACCAAUAAGAACUUUAGUGAUACCAAUAAGAACGUUAGUGAUACCAAUAAGAACGUUAGUGAUACCAAUAAGAACUUUAGUGAUACCAAUAAGAACGUUAGUGAUACCAAUAAGAACUUUAGUGAUACCAAUAAGAACGUUAGUGAUACCAAUAAGAAC